CAGUAACGAACACUUGAACAUGUUAUUGGAUUUACAACCAAUAUCAAAAUCCACUGCUAGCAACAUAAGACAAUUUGUGUCGAAUGUCAAACAACAGCUAGCAGCCUUGAAAAACCUCGACUGCAAAGUAGAUGAAUGGGAUCCACUGGUUUUAUGUGUGCUGUUGAGAAAGCUUGAUCUUAUAUGCAAUAGGGAGUUUCAGUUGACGCUUGACUUGCAACCAUCUGUGGAUAAACUGAUUGCGUUUUUAGAAAGGCGUGCCUCAGCUCUCGAGAACUCCGAGCAGCCUCAUUUAGAGAGGACAAAGAUGACAUGUGGCAUCGGGGUAGCAGCCAGCGAGGAGCCACCAGAUUCCAGCAAGCCUUCCAGCAAGUCUCCAGCGGCAUGCCAGAUAUGUGCUCCUGCCCCUUGAGUCCACGAGCUCCGCUACAGUUUCACCACACAAUGCACACCAUGGGAGUCUGCCGGCACCAACUAUAGUUAACACCAAAUUUGGACACAUCAUAGCUGGUAACACAUAUAAUCAUUCAUACUCUCUGCCCUUGGAAAAGCACUGCCUGUUCUGUAAAACCUGUGAUUCAGACAUCACUGAAACUAUUUCAAACUUCUGGCAAGCUGAAAGCGACCCUGAAGUCUUCACUGAAAAGUUUUCUGAACACAACACUUGUGAGCAAAUAUUCAAGGAGAAUGUAAAACUUGAGAAUAACCGCUUUGAAGUUGCCUUGCCAUUAAAACUGCCACUUGAAUCUGUAAAUGAAACGUUAGGUGACUCACUUCACUUUGCUUUAAAAAGGUUUCAUAACCUAGAAAAAAGGUUACAAAAGGAUAGUCAACUAAACGAUCUGUACAAAAAGUUCAUUGCUGAAUACUUGGCACUUGAUCAUGCUUCAGUAAUUAACAUUGAAGACUAUGAUCUCGGUAGGGAUCCAACAUACUUUUUGCCUCAUCAUCCUGUAAUCCGCAUGGAUAAGCGAACAACCAAGUGUAGGACGGUAUUUGAUGGUGGGAUGCUAAGUAAUAAAAAGGUCUCUCUCAAUGACUUGCAGUUAAAUGGUCCAGUAGUACAAAGGGACCUAUUUGACAUAGUGAUACUAUUUCGUUUAGAAAAGUACAUAAUAAUCUCUGACAUAAAACAUAUGUUUAGGGCAAUAUCACUGAAACCAGAGCAUCGUCCACUACAAAUCAUUCUGUGGAGGGAUUCUCCAGACAAGCCCAUAGAUUGUAUACAGCUUAAAACUUUAACAUAUGGGCUGAAGAGCUCAUCCUAUCUGGCCACCCGUUGCCUCAUUGAGUUGGCGGAGAGGUAUGGUGAUGAAUUUCCUAAGGCUGCCUUUGUACUAAAAAAUCAAACUUAUGUUGAUGAUAUCCUAGCAACGGCUGAUACUCUGGAUUCAUUGAUCGAAACCAAAAAACAGAUCUGCAGUCUAUUAGAACUUGGGGGUUUUCAACUACAUAAAUGGUCUUCCAAUGCACCUCAAGUACUGCAUGAUAUCCCAAUUCAAAAUCAAUACUUUGAUAAGGUUGACUUACAAGAAGAUAAUGUUUGCCUGAAAACGUUAGGUAUCAACUAUGAUAUAAAAUCUGAUUCUCUAACACUUUCUGCACCAAGGCUAGAAAAGAAGGUGCCUGCAACCAAGCGUGAAAUACUUAGCUUUAUAAGUAAAUUCUUUGACCCAGUCGGGCUAGCAGGACCCAUCGUCGUAGGCGGCAAGGCAAUUAUGCAAAAGGUUUGGAAGGAGCAUGUUGGUUGGGACUCUCCCCACAGUGACCCCCUAAUGAAGGAGUGGAAUGACUUUUAUAAUAGUUUAAAUAUCAUGGGGCCUAUUGUGAUCAGCCGCUUCGCUCACUUGGAUAAUUCUGCAUGCAUACAACUGGUGGGAUUUGCUGAUGCUUCAAGCUCCACUGCUUAUGGCUGCUGUCUAUACCUGCGUGUGGUCGAUACAGCUGGUAAUGUAAGUAUUUCAUUGCUCAGUUCUAAAUCAAGAGUCAAUCCUAUCAAAAAGGAGCUUACUGUUCCUAGGCUCGAGCUUAACGCCGCCGUGCUGCUUGCGAAGUUGGCUAAAAGAGUGCAUGACAUAUUGUCGCUAAAAGUAAACGUAUGUAACGUCGUGCUAUAUUCUGAUUCUCAAAUAGUACUAGCGUGGAUCGCAACAAAUGUGGUAACGUUAAAUACAUACGUUGCUAACAGAGUGCUGCUUAUAACCCAACUUACCUGUGGUUACACCUGGGCUUAUGUAAGUACUGAACACAACCCUGCUGACUGCCUCAGCCGAGGAGUCGCGCCGCACGAGUUGCAGCAACAUCCACUGUGGUGGACCGCCUCUCCCUGCCUACACGAGCGUGACUACUUCGUGCCGACAUACGAGCCAUUUAGCGUCGAUGCACUGCCCGAGCUUCGACCAUAUGCCGAGCUACCUAUGGCCAUGGUUAGUGUUAACUCAGAUAGCAUAGACAUCAACUGUAAUUUCCUAGACAAGUUCUCAAAUAUAACUAAAAUGCAAAGAGUUCUUGCAUAUGUAUUGCGAUUCUGUAACAACGCACGCACAAAAUCAGUUAAAAGAUCAGACCCUUUUUUGACUGCUGCAGAGUUGGAUGAUUCUAUGUCUUAUAUAUUGCUCUACGAGCAACAAAAGUGUAUGUCAGAUGAAAUUCGUCUUCUAAGGGGAAAGAAACCCCUGAAGGACAAUUUGAUGAGCCUGGAUCCGUUUUUAGACGAUCGCGGGUUAAUAAGAGUUGGAGGCAGGUUGCAAAACGCUAACAUAUCCUACUCACAAAAACAUCAAAUAAUAUUGCCCAAAGACUCUAGAGUCACAAAGUUAAUCAUCAAAAGCGAACAUGAGAAAAACCUUCACGCCGGUCAAAAAAUUGUACUAUCGUCAUUAAAUCAAAAGUAUUGGUUGUUAAAUGGUAUCAGAGAAAUAAAAAAAGUUAUACACAAAUGCAUAACAUGCUUCAAACUAAAAAAGGAAUUUUCAGAACAGCUGAUGGGGUCAUUGCCACACGAUAGGGUAAAUGUAUGUCGCCCAUUCCAAAAAGUUGGCAUAGACUUUGCUGGACCUAUAUCAGUCAAGCAAUCUACAAUCAGACGAUCGGUCAUAUCAACGGGCUACAUACGUGUGAUAGUUUGUUUCGUAACAAAGGCGAUUCACUUGGAAAUGGUCUCAGAUAUUAAAACUGAUGGUUUUUUAGCCUGUUUAAAGCGGUUUAUUUCGAAGAGAGGACUACCGACUGACAUUUUCUGUGAUAAUGCGUCCACCUUCAAGUCAGCAAAGACUCAGUUACACGAGUUGUUCAAACAGUUCAAUACCAAGGAGCAUCAAUCACUGGUACAUUCAUUUGCAUCAAGUAAAGGUAUAACUUUUCACUUCAUACCAUGCUACAGCCCAGUGUUUGGUGGCCUUUGGGAGUCGUCAAAAGGCAUUAUUAACCUACGAACAGUUGAGCACAGUGCUAUGUCAAAUUGAGGCAGUUCUGAACAGCAGACCUUUAGUCCCCUUGUCAGACGAUGUUAACGAUUAUCUAUAUCUCACACCUGGACACUUUCUAAUCGGUACAGCAUUAAACUCAUACCCAGAGCCAGAUGUGUCAGAUGUCAAUGUAAAUCGCCUUAGAUUCUGGAAGAUAUGUACUAAUAUGCAACAGUCAUUUUGGAAAAUAUGGAACAAGUACUAUUUAAAUUCAUUACAGUCUAGACCUAAGUGGAAAAAUGUUCGUGACAACCUACAGAUAGGGCAGCUUGUAAUUUUCAGAGAAAAUAACACUCCACCAAUGUAUUGGCCUAUGGCUAGAAUCACUAAAGUAUUCCCAGGAACUGAUAACUUAGUUCGUGCAGUCGAAGUGCGAACUUCUAAUGGACAUACACAUAAACGGUCCGUCACUCGCAUGUGUGCAUUGCCUGUUGAUGAUAAUGGUGAUAAAUAAAAAUGUAUUUAAGUUAAGUUUUUGUUAAUAAUAAGUUUAUUAUAUUUUUAUCUUCGCACGCUAAACUUUCGUUUAAGGUUUUACAUAUUAUUUAAUGCGUGAUUAUAAAUCGUAGCACCUACACUAACCAUAUUAUAAUUGUACCUCCUACUACUUGUAUUAUAAUGGCAAUAAUUAAUUACCUUUCCGAAUCUUUGCAAAGUAUUAGUUACAUAAGCUUUAUGAACUUUUUCACUAUCUCGCCAAUGUAAUUUUUGUAUUUGUGCCUUAUCUUGUAGAGUACCAUUCAUGUACGUCAUAGCAUAACUAGUCUAUAAGCUAUAAAUUAAUAUGUUAUUGUUUUGUUUUGCUGGCGAAGCGCUAGCGUUUUUAUUUUGAGCGUACUUGUAAAACGUAGAGUACUGUUUUAAUAAUGAUAUUCGAUGUAAGUUCAUAAUACUAAUUUUAGUUUAAGUUAUCCAUUGCACAAGUUGCACAUAAGUUACUUAACUUUAUCAUUGCACUACCAAUGUAAAGUAAAUAUUCCUACAUGUAUAACAAUAGACACUCAACAUCAUUUUGUUAUAGUUUUAGCUUAAUUAUUGUUGUAACUGGUUAUGAUCCACUUCUUCUUGUGGCCCCCAACAUGUUGGCAACACCAACACUAAGAUUUAAAAACUUAAUAAUGUAUUUCCGUUUCCUGCUGGUUUCUUCUGCCAUAUUGUACAAACUAUACGUGUGUGUGUGAAAUUAAUAAACAGUGCUAAUAAUAUAAAAUACGUGUUUUCAAAUAAGUACAACCACUAACUAUCAUCAGGACCUUAACUCAAAUCCAGCCGUCAGUCUACAUUAUCG